AUGUCCGACGACCAAAUAACCGACCGUGUGCGCCAGCACUACAGUGCAGCGUCGCAAGGCAACAACGCAGCGUAUAGCCGCUCCAUCGCAACUGCUUUUGGAUACACCGAGGAAGACCUUGCCGGAGCUCCCAAGGAAGCAAAUCUCGGAUUGAGCUGCGGGAACCCGCUUGCGAUAGCCAAGCUUCGAGAGGGAGAAGUUGUCAUCGAUCUCGGGAGCGGCGCCGGGUUCGACGUCUUCCAAGUCUCCAACAAAGUCGGAUCCACCGGCCAGGUCAUCGGAGUAGAUUCAAACAAGGACAUGCUUGCUCGCGCAAACAAGAUCAAAGCAGACCAGGGCAAGGAGAACGUCCAGUUCAUCGAGUCAGACAUCACCGCCAUAGCCCUCCCGGCCGGCACCGCCGACUGCAUCAUCUCGAACUGCGUCAUCAACCUGGUUCCCGACAGCCAGAAGCAGCUGGUCUUCAACGAGAUCUUCCGCCUCCUGAAGCCGGGCGGCCGGGUCGCGGUCUCGGAUAUCCUGGCCAAGAAGACGCUGCCGGAGAGUCUGCGGAACGACAUGGCGCUGUAUGUUGGGUGCAUUGCUGGGGCUAGUCAGGUCGACGAGUACAGGAAGUAUCUCUCGAAUGCGGGCUUUCGGGACUCUUUGAUCUCAGACACGCAUAGCAACUUGAAUGCGUACCUCGAAUCUGGUGACGGGGCCCAAAGCAGCUGCUGCUCACCUCCGUCCUCGGGGAAUAUACCCGAGAUUCAGAAGAAAGUCGCCAAGGGAUCGCUCGACUUCAACGAGUGGGCCGGCUCGUACAAGGUCUAUGCUGUGAAGCCUGCUUCAGAUGCGACUUGA